AUGCCAGAAGAUCAACAGCCAACAGCGCAAUUAACACCGCAGCACCCGCAGUUUGAGGAAAACGUUUCUCGCCAUAUGAUGUCGACACUUGGGAAUCUGGAACCGUUCAACGUGGAACACUCAGAAAAUUGGUCUACGUAUUAUGCGAGGCUCGAGCUCUACUUACUGGCCAAUGACGUACAGGGCGACGAUCGGCAAAGGGCCGUAUUACUCACCUUAGCCGGAGCGCCAUUAUUUGAUCUCCUGUCGUCAUUGGCCUCGCCCCGUCAGGAAAUCGCGGCUUAUUACAAAUUCCACAAACGGGACCAACAAUCUAAUGAGGGAUUUUCCGAGUACGUCGCAGCCUUGCGCAAAUUGGCUGUUGAUUGCAACUUUGGCACGGCGUUGGAUCGCAUGCUAAGAGAUCGCUUGGUAUAUGGUUUGCGUGAUAAGGCAUUGCAGCGCAACCUACUAGCAGAGCCGGACUUGAAGCUGCAGAAGGUUCUCGAUAGAGCUGCUACUGCCGAAGCAGCAUUUACGCACGCAUCUGAAAUGCGACACUCCGAACAGCCAUGCAAUGGAUGUGGGGGCUCACAUGCCCGCUGUCAGUGUCCGCAUCGAGAAACAAUUUGCUCGUCGUGUGGCACAAAAGGUCACCUUCAACGUGUUUGUCGCUCAUCAGCAUCUAACUCAGCCAAUCAACAAAAGGCAUCGCAUUCUUCAGGACGGUUAAAAAAGCAGAAACCACAAUCCAUAAAUCAAAUUUUGCCUCUGGUUGAUUUGAAAAAAUCAGCGAACAUCAGUAUUAAUGGCUAUACUUGCACAUUCGAAAUCGAUUCGGGUUCAAACUAUACCAUAAUGUCAUCAACAACAUUUGAACAUGUGUGGCCAGUACAGAAGCCAAUAAUGCACACCAGUGACCUUGAACUUGUCGAUUUUCAACGUAAUAAAAUUCCUAUAAUGGGUGUGGUUGAUACAGAUGUAUCAUACGGCGGCCGUGAGGUCAGUUGUUUGCCCGUCGUUGUCGUAGACGGAAACCGUUCAAACGUAUUAGGGUGCAAUUGGUUCGCCCCACUGGGCAUCACAAUUCAGGGCGUUAAUGCAGUUGAAGAAGCAUCGUCAAUCAAAGACAUCCUAAAGCAAUUUAAUCAUCUUUUCCCGCAGGAAGCCACCAAAGGCCUUGUCGAAGCUGAACUAGACGAAUUUGCGGCGACUAUAAGUCGACGCUUAACAAAGCACUAA